AUGCCACUAGGCACCAAAGUCCCCGACAAAAUCGAUUUCUACCCGGCGGUUCUGAACACCACUGAUAGAAAGAGCGGCGCAUUGGCCGCAGAAUUAGAGCUGAAGGGUGCAAACGAUCGCGUGGAUAGGCUCGAAUGGCAACUGUUGAAUGCGGAGGAGACUAUUUGUCAUCUCAAGGCCGAAAAACUUGCAGCGUUCCGAGACGUCGAGCAGCUUAAUAUAAAAGCACAUUUUGUGCCCAAACAGGUGUUAGAGCUUGAAACGCGAUUGGCCGAGCAGACGCAGAUUUAUGAAUCAGAGAAGGAGCAGCGUAUGGCUGAAUUUCGAGACCAAGAGCGCGAACUUACGACGCUGCGCGUCAAGUUGGAGGACACAACUCGACAAUACGAAGAGCUGCAGCUGAAAUAUAUGGAAUUACUGAAUAACAAAGAUAAGGUGAUCACAGUCGACUUUUGCCACAUCACCGGCGUGACGCAGUUAAGCAGUUAUGAAGACACGGAAAAAUGUGUCGCGGGACGAGCACGGGCGCCUGCUGAUGCUGACACCGUAAAUUCCAAGUGGCAAGAAGAAUCAGUACGUCAUCCGACACCACACUUUGACCUGGAAUCGCCAGAAGUGGAUUACAUCCUUCGAGCGUGGACAAAAAACAUGAGAAAGAUGCGCUACAUGCGGCGUUGGCUUGUUCAAGUGGCAAAUACUAAAGGAUCGUUGCCAGACGAUUUUCCAAUGGGUGUUGAGCUGCCUCGACUUCCGCCUGAAGUGCGUGACGGCUUUUUAACACUUGUGCUUCCUUUGCUCCGUAAGCAGACCCAACGGGAAAUCCUCGCCCACUGUCGUCAAUAUAAUGACGGUAUUCAUACGGAUGUACGCUUUCGGAUUGUUCCACGUGAAUAA